CGCGCGCCGCUCUGUAUGAGUUUGAAUAAAACAAUUGAACGAGCAAAACAUUCGUGGUUCGCAAUUCGGAAGCAUUGGAAACGCCAGGCGCUGUUUCGCUGCAAAUAAUACGAAUAUUCAUAGUUUAUUCAAGAAAAAAACUUUAAAACAUGUCUCUGAUUCCAUUCUUGUUGGAUUAUGAGUUGGAUCGCCCUCGCCGCGUUUUGGAUCAGCAUUUCGGCCUCGGGUUGACCCCAGACGACCUGCUGACCAUGGUUGGCGCACCAGCUUCCCUUGUCAGCCGGGAAUACUACCGACCUUGGCGUCACCUAGCAGCCGCCGCGCGCGAUGUUGGAUCGAGCAUCAAGGCCGAUAAGGAUAAAUUCCAAAUCAAUUUGGAUGUUCAGCACUUUGCUCCUGAAGAGAUCUCGGUGAAGACUGCGGACGGUUACAUAGUCGUCGAGGGUAAACAUGAAGAGAAGAAGGACCAACACGGGUAUGUGUCUCGUCAGUUUACAAGGCGCUACGCUUUGCCCGAGGGUUGCACGCCAGAAACUGUCGAGUCUCGGCUUUCGUCUGAUGGUGUGCUGUCUGUGAUUGCUCCGAGGAAGGUGCCUCCAGCCGUGGAAGGGGAACGCAAGGUGCCUAUUGCUCAAACUGGCCCAGUGCGCAAAGAAGUGAAGGACCAGGCGAAUGGUGAUAAAGCAUAAAGUGCGCUUAUUUUAAUUUUAUGUUAUGUUAUUCAAAGUGAUUCUCGUUCCGUUUUCUUUAAGACUGAUUUAGGUUAAUAAAUUUUCCUUAUUUUAAA